UUAAAAGCAUACGAGUUUUGUUUUUUUUGCACAUGAUUUUAUACCAAGGUGCGACCACGGUAUUAUUGUUUUUAUCAGUACAGAUAUUUUUAUCAGUUUUCUUGUUAUUAUCCAUUGAAAACGUUCAGAAAUGUUAGAAAGAAACCCAGGUUGCGAAUUAGAUUUGGGAUGGCUAAACAGUGUGAACAUAAAUCUAAACGCUGUAAAUACAGCUGUUGAAGAUAUUCUGAAUUCCCGAGACCUGAAAAACGAUUACAGAACAGCUUGGUUGCUCAAAGCUGUGACUUGCAUCGACUUGACCACACUAGGGGGCGAUGACACACCGAGUAAUGUCUCACGAUUGUGUUACAAAGCCGCCAAACCUUUACCUGAAGACUUACUAAACCAGUUAGGUUUUGAUUAUAGACCUGAUUGUCCGAUUAGAACGGCAGCAGUCUGUGUUUAUCCUUCCAGAGUCGAAGAUGCUGUUAAAACUUUGAAAAAGUUAAAACUCAAUGAUAAAAUUAAUGUGGCUUCUGUUGCAACCGGUUUUCCCAGCGGCCAAAUGCCACUAAAGACAAGAGUUGAGGAAAUCAAAUACGCUGUAGAAAAAGGGGCCACUGAGAUUGAUAUUGUGAUUGAUAGAAGUUUAGUUUUGACUGGUCAAUGGGAGGUUUUAUAUCAGGAAAUCCAGCAGAUGAAGGAAGCUUGUGGUUCCACUGCACACAUGAAGACUAUUUUGGCCACUGGUGAAUUGGCAACGCUGAAUAAUGUCUAUAAGGCGUCACUGGUUGCUAUGAUGGCAGGUUCUGAUUUUAUCAAAACCUCCACUGGAAAGGAAAGUAUUAAUGCUACUUUACCUUUUGGUCUUGUUAUGAGUAGAGCCAUUCGGGAAUACUACGAAAAAUUUAAUUACAAGGUUGGUUUAAAACCUGCGGGGGGAAUUAGGACAGGUAGAGACGCGAUUUCUUGGUUGAUAAUGGUAAAAGAGGUAUUAGGAAAUGAUUGGCUUACAAACAAAUUGUUUCGUUUUGGAGCUUCUGGGCUUUUGUCUGAUAUUGAGCACAACCUUUAUGGAAAUAUUACAAAAUCUUAUCCCGCCCCUUAUGAAUUUACAAUGGGAUGAUUUCAUAGUAUA